UGGUGAGGUGCACAUAAUUAUUAGGAAUUGCAGAGCUAACUGGGCACCACUAGAUCCCCUAAUCGCACUCAAAUGAGGUAGCAUUCAUUUGAAACUCACCGAGCUGCAACAGCGGUAUCAUGUUCGCCCUUCGGCAAGUUUCGCGACCACGGCAGGGCAUACACAGCUCUAUGGGUGCUUGCCAACUCCUCAUCCUGACGCAUGCAUAAACGGGGACUUGCCUACCGCUGACAAGCUCUUAACAGAAGAGAUCAACGCUAAUGGAAAUAGCUACAGCUCUUAUGUGAAUCGCUCGUUUGUGAUGGCGCGAAAAUUCGACUGGGACCGCGCGCUUCAAGAUGCACUUAAGACGGUUGCACCGUGGGUCACAUUACUGCUCCCUCCUAUGUCGCCACUCACACCCACUCCAGCGUCCCCGUGUUCGAGCACAUUUCAUUUUUCGUCUGUGUCACCAAGGGCGCAUACAUCCGAUGCGUUUUCACCAGUCAACGGUUCCCCUUCUCGGGUCAUGCACGCGAAAAAACUGUCACUGGAGCGCAAGAACAGUGUACUUGACUGUGUCCACAUUGCCGAGCUCGAGCUAGAAUGGGAACAGGGAACUCGUUGGGCACAGUUCGCGUCACCAGCACCAGACACCACAUCAAGUCCAGAUUGCCAAAUGGCGGAUCCCGAGCCUCUCCCCAAACACAAAGACCAAGUAGUAGUCGUCCACACAUGCAUGCCUUGCAAUCCACCCAUUAGUGCUACGCAAGUCGAAGGAAUACUGGUGUAUCAAACUACGCUGCCCCUAUGCCCACCCCUUGCACACACGACGCGGACGCUUUUGAGAAGGCUGGACACAGAUUUUGUGAACCUUAUGCCUCUGCUUGCUGCUUUUUCACCUUGUGCGCCCCCGGCUCUUCCACCAAGCGCUGUGCGGUUUGAUCAUCCGAAUUCUGCUGUGGCGGGGAUAUGGGUGUCAUUGGAUUGUGCGCGGGAGUUUCUACGGACAAGGGCUCAGUCGGGUGCUGAAACCCAGGCUCAAGGGUGUCCCCAAACUGCAGAACAACCUUGCUCUCAAGACGAGACGCUAAGAACAAGUGUGGAGGUGUUUCUAAGCGAUGAGCUUGUGAUGAGGUUCCUGAGUGCCUUGAGGGACUUAUGGAGAGCUAGUAAACCUGGGAGGAUGUUGGGCCAGUUUGGGGUGUGUUUUGAGGGUGGGCGGUUUGUGGGGAGUCAAGGGUCGUCUUCUUCCUCGUUGGCACAGGCAUCGUUGGGAAAUCGGUCGUCUUCCCCUGUAUUGUCUCCACCUCAGUCGACGGCGCCUUCUUCGUCCUCGUCAAGCUUUGGAGUCGCAUCUGUCGUCGCUGCCACUCCCCGUCACGUUCGCUUCCUGCGCAUCACUUUCACAGAUCUGGAGCAGCUCAAGGACGAUUUCGCUAUGGCAAUCCGACACGCGGCUCGUAUGCACCCACAGCAGCCGAGGAAGAAGUUGCGAGUACGCUUGCAGAUAUUAUGGGAUGAGAUUCUCGCCAUGACCUACUCCGAUACCGAACUACGAGGAACUCUCCGCUACCGCCUUCUGUCUGCAUCUCUCCUACCCCCUACUACCACCUGCCAUUACCCCCAUACCCUUUGUACACUCCCGCCCUUUGCGAUCGAGAAUCAGACGCCUCCACCCGCCCUUCGCGACAAAACACCCUCGACAUCCAACGCCGCCACCUCAAUCUCCACGGCAUUCCCCUUCCAGCUCUUCGACCUGAUGUGCGGCGUUUCUUAG